GGAGGCGGGCGGGACGCGGGUGGGUUCCGCCGCCCGUGCCGGGGAGCGCAGCCGGGCACGGGCACGGGCACGGGCGGCCGCCUCUGUUGUUGUCGCGCCGGGGCCGCCCCCAGCUGCUGCUGCUGCGACUGCCGCCGCCACGCCCGGACCGUGUCCGGGGCUGGGCUGGGCGGACCGGACCCCCCGUGCCCCGGCUCCCUGGGCGGGCGAGGAGCAUCCGCGCUGCCCGAUAUCCCCGCGACCAUCGCGCUGGCUUCCACUGCCACGCCGGGAGGGAGCCGGGCGCGCGGGGCUUUCCACAGGCUGACAAUGACAAAUAUCGGAGAAAAAGUUGUGUGCCUGGUUGCUUACCACAUAUUUUUCAUGCUGUUCGUCUGGUCAUAUUGGAAAACAAUCUUUACGCUACCAAUGAAUCCUUCAAAAGAAUUUCAUCUGUCAUAUUCAGACAAGGAGUCCCUAGAGAGGGAGCCUAGAGGUGAAUCCCAGCAAGAAGUCUUAAGACGAGCAGCCAAGGAUCUUCCUAUCUAUACACGGACAAUGUCUGGAGCAAUCAGAUACUGUGACAGAUGCCAUCUUGUAAAACCAGAUCGUUGCCAUCACUGUUCAGUAUGCGACAAAUGCAUUUUGAAAAUGGAUCAUCACUGCCCUUGGGUGAACAACUGUGUAGGAUUCUCCAAUUACAAAUUUUUUCUUCUCUUCUUGGCUUACUCGCUACUGUAUUGCCUUUUCAUCGCUGCAACAGAUUUGCAGUACUUUAUCAAGUUUUGGACAAAUGGCCUUCCUGAUACUCAAGCCAAGUUCCACAUCAUGUUUUUAUUCUUUGCUGCAGCUAUGUUUUCUGUCAGCUUGUCUUCUCUCUUUGGGUAUCACUGUUGGCUUGUCAGCAAGAAUAAAUCUACAUUAGAGGUAUUCAGAGCGCCCAUAUUUCGUCACAGAACAGAUAAAAAUGGUUUUAGCCUGGGCUUCAGCAAAAACCUAAGGCAGGUGUUUGGUGACGAGAAGAAAUACUGGUUGCUGCCUGUGUUUUCAAGUUUAGGGGAUGGUUGCUCCUUUCCAACUUGCCUUGUUAAUCAGGAUCCUGAGCAAGCUUCUACACCUGGUGUACUUAAUUCAACAUCCAAAAGUGAGAACCAUCUGUUUCCUGCAAAGCCGUUGUGUGAUUCCCAGAGCCACCUACUUACAGAUGCACCAUCUUGGCCAGAAACUGCUGCAAAGGCUGACAAGGGCAAAGUCGGUAUGAGCAAUCCUGCAUUAACCAUGGAAAAUGAAACCUAAUUUCCCUUAAAAGAAGCAUCUGCGUAUGUAAGGAAAGUUUAAGAACAAGCUGUUGUUGGAAGGAAGAUGCAUUCUUCCAAGUAUCAGCCCUGUUGGCCAGCUGCUCCUGUCUGCUCCUCUAUGGAUGUGCUCAGAAAACAAACUGACAGAUGAUUUGCUGUCUCCAUGUCACUGCUUGAAACACAAAACUAAACAUACUACUUCUGAACCAUAUAAAGGAUGUUUCAACUUAAAAUUACUGGGUUUGAAUGGUGAAGGAUGAUUGAGUACUAGAAAGUGGUAAAAAAGUCUAUGUUUACUAUUGUAAAAAUUCGAUGGCUGGUUUUACUUUGAUAUUCAGCACAAGAAAAAUGUGAACUCCUUACUAUCAGUUCAUGUUCUUGGCUUGGUUUUGAAAAUUCACCUUUUAAUUCAAAUUGUUGUAAGUAGUUGACUUUAAAAUCAAAUUUUUGCACUACUGGCUUUAUGAAUUGGGAGAACAGCCAGUGUGGAUUAGGAAUAGUUUAGUGGCUUGGUGGACUGUAUUUUCUUUUGAGCCCUUGAUAAGCAAUUUUUGAAGAAAACCUAAGUGAAGUGUCUGACUGGUUUUAGAACAUUUUUUUGAAAAUAUUAUUGUAAAAGCUUUGUCUUCCCAAAGGUCUGCAGUACAGGUAGUUGGAAAAGUUGCUGAGAGAGAAAACAAUCCUUUGGGUAACUGAAUGCUACAGUGGGCCACUGCUCAGUGAUGUGAUGAAAAGCCUGUGUUCAGGGGGGUAAUACAUAAAUGAAACUGGCCAGUUGGGGAUUUUGAUGGAAGCUUCACAGAACAGUCCUAUGAAAUGGGAUUUCAUUGUCCCAUUUGGAGCUCUUACCCCUUUGGGAAGCAAAUGUUGGCCCUGAACUUUGAUCCAAAAGGCUUUUUACUAACCUGUGUUAGUUACUGAGGGCCCCUGUCUUUCAAGCUCCUAUUUCAUAUUAAUAUUUGUCUCAGAUUUCUUUUUUCACUUUUUCUUCAAGACACUGCCUUUCUUACUGCAUAACUUAAUACCAUGUGCAGUCAAGGUGACUUACUGGUAUAACUUAUGAUAUUUGCAUUUACAGGACAAUGGACUUUUGAUUGCAAUACCAAAAAGCCAAGCUGCUGCACAUAGGAAAUCCCAUUCAAUGAAGUUAGGAGCUAGCAGCUUUUUUAGGAUCAGAGUUUACUGACCAGAAUAAAAGAUGCAUUUUUGGCUUUCAAAGUCAAGGAAGUUUCAGCAACACAACUCUAAUUGUCUUGUGCCUUUUGUAUACACUACAUUUAAGGUAUCACUGUUUACAUUUAAAUGCAAAUUUCUCUUCUGAAAACAACUUUAGGAGGAACUUAAUUAUACUUUCUAGGGGGCUAGAUAAAAAGCGAAGUCAAAAAAGAAAGGUGAAACCUCAGACUGUGCUGAGUUUGGUUGAAACAGUGAAGUACUUCUAUUAUCAAACCUGAAUUACUUAGUAGGUUGGUUCACAGUGUAAAGAUGCCAGUCACUUGUUUAGGAAACUGGCAGCAGGACUAAGUGAUGUAAUUCUGAAAGCAAAAUAUACUAUCAUUAACUCUUCUACCAGCAGGUAACUUCAAAAUUUGUCUUUCUUGGGUUUGCAACUUAAGUGAUAGCUGGUGUAGCAAAAUGUGGCUUUUUUUUUUUCCUCUAGUGAGGGAAAAUGUAUUUCUUUUAUUUUUUUCUUUUAAAUCUAAAAAUUUUACCAGCCUGAAAACAUCUGUUUAUUGCCAGAAGUGCCAGAGUGUGAAUCCCUUGAUAUAGAACACCUUUUUUAAACUAGCAUGAAGGUAGCAUACAGUUUACAUUAUGCCUGCAGAGAUCUAGUUACCAAAAGAUUUUUUGCAGCUCUUUAUUCGGUGUUGUUCUGUCAGCUUACCUCAUAUUCGUGUUUGUUUAAAGGCGAACUUGUCAAGGGAUAAGGGGGAGAGGGAAAAUAUAUUUUUUAACACUUCAGGUUCUCUAUCUGUAGAGUCUUGUUUUUUAUGCAGUUAGUCACAGGGUGGUUUGUCAUGGAGCAUGCAUUAAAAAAUACUAAGUAGAAAGUUCAAAUUCAGCUUCAGUGUGUCUUGCACCAUAUUUUUAUGUAAAGACAAAAGAUUUCCUCCCCAGCAAAACACAUCAUGGAAAUGGAUCUAAUGUCGGUUUCUGUAUGUCCAGGGCUCUGAGAUCUCUGAGUAAGGCUGGGGAAUCAAUGUAGAGAAAGGACAGGGAUAAGGGAUCAAGAAAUGCCUGGCUUCUCCAUGUCUCAGGAGUCACACUUGGAAAGCACAAUAGCCCUUAAUAUUCUGCAGUUUUGUUGCAGCCAGAGACUGUCCCCCUCACAGAAAACUGA